UUUAAAAUUUUUAAACUAAAUUAAAUUUUCUUUCAUCUCUGACUUUAUAUCUGUUUAUACUUCUUAUCUUACUUCUUUUUAGUUCGGUUCGGGUACGAACCGAACUAAAAAGAAGUAAGAACCAAGAACCUAACCUAACUCUGUCUUGUAGUCUUGUCUCAGUUCCUUAUGUGGUUCCUCAGUUCAUUCUCAAUUCUCAGUUCUCGUGUCUCUUGAAUGAUCUGUGUCUUCUCUUGUCUUCUCUAUUCUUUUGUGCCUUUUGUGGUGUAAAGUAAUUUAAAAAAAAAUGAAUAAGUUUGUUAAAAUAUUGCAUAAAGAGGUAAAAGAAGGUAAGUACUUCUUGCCAGGGUAUUUUUACAUUUCAAGAGACAUACAUUAUUAUUGUUUUUUAGUUUCCCCUACAACCUCCUCAAGAUCUCGUUCUCCCGUUCAUAGGAUUACAUCAAACGAAAAUUAUGAAAUGGAUUCGGGUCUAGAUAACGAUGGGACUCUGAAUUAUGAUAAUUCUCAGAAUAGUCUGAAUCAAAGUAGUUCAGGCAGUUUUCUCAGUUUGGUAGAUGAUGAUUCUGUUACUGUUAAGAAAAGACAAUCCAGAAAUAAAUUUUCGUUUGUUUGGAACUACUUUAAAAAAUCCAAAGAUAACACCUUUGCUAAAUGCAACACAUGUGGUCGUGAAUAUAAAACGAGUGGAAACACCACAAAUUUACGAGAUCAUCUACAAAGAUUUCACCCUGCAAUAAUAACACGCGGUCAAACACCAAAUUCAGGGUCAUGUACAACAAGUUCGAGUUCUCAAAGUUCGGCUCGGUCCAAUGUUCGAUUCGAAAAGAGAAUUAGACAAGGCUUUAAUCACAAUGAUUUGCACAGAUUUUCAGCCAUUUUCCAUUGUAGAUGACAAGGGAUUUGUACAGUUUGUGGAACUGUUAGAUCCUAGGUAUAAAUUACCAAGUACAUACACUUUGUCUAAUAAGUUAUUAAAGGAAAUGUAUUUAGAGGCUUACACAAAAUUAAAAACCGAGCUGGAGCAUGCUCAAUUUGUUGCUAUAACGAGUGAUUCAUGGAUAUCUUGCAAUACCGAUUCAUAUUUGACUGUUACUUGCCAAUAUAUAUUCGAAUGGAAAUUAAAAACUGCAGUGCUGUCUACUAAACCACUAGAAAAUGGUAUUAAUCAUACCUCAGAAAACCUUUGUAAUGCUUUAAGGGAUAUUUUGGAAGAAUGGUAAAUUUUUAAUAAAGUAACAUGUGUGGUUACAGACAAUGCUGCUAAUAUGGUCAAGGCAUGUGACUUACUGCAAAAAAAACAUAUGCCAUGUUACGCACAUACCAUCAAUCUGGUUGUGCAAGAUAACCUAAAGCAUGUAGAUGCUAUCAUUAAAAAAGUUAAAACUAUUGUAACUUUUUUCAAACAAAGCACUGUCGCAUGCGAAACUCUAAGAAAUGAACAAGCUGUUGGUGACCAGACACCACUUAAACUACUACAAGAUUAUCCAACUCGGUGGAAUAGCACCUUAUAUAUGGUUGCCAGAGUUCUUGAAAUUGGUGAGCCACUUGGACGGGCAUUACUAAAGCUUCGAAAAGCACCACCUCCAUUGACAUUAGAAGAUAUUGCCAUAUUGAAGGAUGUAAAGAUUCUGUUAGAAUGUUUUGAAGAUGCGACAAGAAAAAUUUCAGGUAGUACCUUAACUCAUAUACUUUAAUAUGAUUUUUUUAAAUUAUUUUAUUCUUUUUCAAGGAAGUGGCUACGUUACUAGUUCCCUUAUAAUUCCAUUGUCAUUUGGAAUAUUUAAUUUUCUAAAUUCCAUCAAGCCCUCAACGGAGGAAGGAAAAGUGCUUAGCUCUGGGUUAAUUGAGUCAGUCAAAACAAGACUGUUUCCAUAUGAAACACGAACUAUCGCCAAAAUCAGUACUUUAUUGGACCCCCGUUUUAAAAAGGAAGAUUUUCGUAAUACAGAAAAUGCAGAAAGUGCUGCUUUUUUGUUGGAAAAGGAAAUGUCAAUUAUACCAACAGCAUCAGUUUUAACAAAUAACUCUGUAGAAUCCAAUGGUGAACCGUUACCUUCGUCUAAUAUUGAAAAUGAAAAGUCGCUUUUCUCAUUUUUACAAGAAAGAAUUUCAAAAAAGUCAAAAUCGGUGACAAAAGACAUUAUUAUAACAAAAAGACAAUAUUUAGAACGUCCCAAUUUAGAUCAAAAUGCGGAUCCGCUAUUAUUUUGGAAGAUGAUGGAAUGUGAACUGAGUAGGCUGGAGAUUUGUGCCUUGAAAUAUUUUUGCAUUCCAGGAAGUAGUGUGGAUAGUGAAAGAAUGUUUAGCAGUGCCGGACAAGUGGUAUCAGAAAGACGAACUAGAUUAAAACCUGCAAAUAUUAACAUGCUAACUUUUUUACACAAAAAUAUGAAUUUAUUGUGA